GGAAGUCCACUCUAUAGUUUUAUUUCUAUCGGUACAGACUGUAGAAAGUUUAGUUGGCGCCGGAAGUGUUGGGGAUGUCAAGAAUGCUGCGCCGGAAGUAGUCUUAGUUGACGGUCUGUAUCUCCAGGACUAGGUGCUACCUGCUGAAUAGUUUCAGCCAUGGCAGCUCCUGCGAUGCCACCUCCUCCACCUCCGCCAGGAGGGCCCCCCGGGGUUCCUGGAGGACAAGGACCAUCGGUGGCAGGAGGAGUCGCGAAAAGUGGAGAAGAGAGGCUGAAGGAAAUGGAAGCUGAGAUGGCUUUGUUUGAACAGGAGGUGCUAGGAGCUCCAGUCUCCCUGCCUCCUGUUGCCCCUGUGGUAGAAGCUGUCCCAGUUGCUUUAGCAGUACCAGCUGUGUCUGCAGUACCCCCGGUUCCUGUCAUCCGACCCAUCAUUGCCACCAACACCUACCGGCAGGUCCAACAGAGUCUGGAAGCCCGAGCAGCAGCGGCGGCAACUGUUGUGGCCCCCAUUGUGGCUCCUCCAGUGCCAUUUGUUGGCCCAGCGAUCCCUCCACAACGGCCUCCUAUCCUCCGACCGACCUUUGUGCCUCAUGUCCUGCAGAGAUCUGGUGGUCCUCGCCCCCUGACAAUGCGCCCUCCUCAUCAGCCUAUGGUGGGGCCCCCCAUGCCAGGUCCCCAGGGCCCACCAAUGCUUCUGGGGCCACCAAUGCAGAGGGCACCUGGCCCACCCCUAGGGGGCAUAGGGCCAAUGAGACCGGGUCCCCCUGUUGGGCCAGGGAUUCCCGUCGGACCUCUGGCGCCACUCGUGCCUGUUCCUCGGCCUGUUGUGGUGCCACCAAAGGUGAACCCCACUGUCAUCCAGGCAGCUCCCACCGUGUAUUCUGCCCCGCCGGUGAAGAAGCAAGAGGAGGAGCAGCGGGAGCCCCCGCCACCUAUUGUAGAGGAGAAGGAGCCGGUUGGGCCGGAGGAGCCGGUGAUUGGCCCGAGUAUGCCGGAGGCGGAGCCAGUUCCGAUGGUGGACCCGAGGAGCCUCCCAUCGCUGCGUGGCCACGAGCUGGCACCUACGCGAGGGAAGCGGUCCCGGGGGGCUGAUGCUGGAUUUGUACCUGUUGAGCCAGUAGCAGAGAACACACCUGAGGACAAGAAGAAAAUAAAACAGGAAAAGCUUAAGCGCUGCAUUCGCACUGCUGCUGGAACGUGCUGGGAGGAUCCCAGCCUACUUGAAUGGGACUCGGAUGAUUUCCGGAUCUUCUGUGGAGACCUGGGCAAUGAAGUGAAUGACGACAUCCUUGCGCGUGCCUUCAGCCGCUACCCCUCCUUCCUGAAGGCCAAGGUCAUCCGGGACAAGCGCACUGGCAAGACGAAAGGCUAUGGCUUUGUCAGCUUCAAGGACCCAAAUGACUAUGUCCGUGCCAUGCGGGAGAUGAAUGGAAAGUAUGUUGGCAGCCGGCCCAUCAAGCUGCGCAAAAGCAUGUGGAAAGAUCGCAAUAUUGACGUGGUGCGCAAGAAACAGAAGGAGAAGAAGAAGUUGGGGCUGAGGUAACCAGGAGGAGACGGCAGCGUCUGCUGCUCACCGGCAAGGCCUGUAAAGCAAGGGAUCGAGCAUCUGUAGGCCUGCUCCGUCCUGCCCUCUGCUGGGGAAGAAGCAGAACACAGGGAGAAACUGCCAGCAGGUGAUCAGAGAUGCUCUGUUACUCCUUCAGUAGCCAUCUUCCCUAUAGAAGGUGUGGGUGUGCCUACACACAUACACACACCUUUUCCCAAGAUCUGUACGGACUAUUAGUGGCUUUGUGGGCUCGAUGCUGAGGAGUUUAAACGUGCAAUCCCUCCUGGGGGAUUGUUUAUGGGUGACGACCACUUCCACAGGCAAAAGUGUUCUUAUCCAAUAAAUUUGUGUGCAUCUUUUUUUUUUCUUA